AUGUUGCCCCCGUCGCAAAAAUCCCAACAGUUAUGGAGGAACAAAGAUGCAAAACGCCAAGCUCACACAUACACACCGUGUUGCUGUUCAGACCAAGUUCUGACUACUAGGGAAAGGAGAAUGGCUAAGUCCAGAGAAGCAGCAGCCAGAAGUGUAAGGAAGACUGCAAAUGCACGCCAAAGAUGGAAAGAUGCAAAAGAUGCUGCUAAGGAGGGUGCAAGUGGAUUGCAAGCACAACUAUCACAAACAUUUACUCGGAAAAAGGACUUUGUAGAUCCAGAAGAAACUAAAAUUUUGAAUAAACCAGCUACCGAAACAAAGAUUGAAUUGUUUUCAAGUAUACAUCCUCUUUUCUCAUCUAUGAUUGAUAGUUCAUCUACUGGGCUAAAGGGAAAGGGAAUUGAUCCCAGUGAUCUGAUGCAGACAAUGAAUCAAAUGGAAAACGAUGCAAAUAUUAGGAACAAUGUUCAUGUAGAAACAGAAACUAGAGAGAAAAAUGUUACAGCAAGAGUGACUAAGGAAAAACAACUGAAUACACAUAGCCAAAUUUUUAAGUAUGCAUAUGCUCAACUUGAGAAAGAAAAGGCUCAGCAACAAGAAAACAAGAAUCUUACAUUCUCAGAAGUAAUUAGUAUGGCUACAAAAAAUGAACGAAGGAAAAGGCCUUUAAUUGAAAUAUCUUUCAGAGAUCUAUCUCUCACAUUGAAAGCACACAAUAAACUUAUAUUGAGAUGCGUUACGGGGAAAAUUAAACCUGGACGCAUUGCUGCUGUCAUGGGUCCAUCAGGUGCUGGCAAGACAACCUUUCUUUCAGCAAUAGCUGGAAAGGCAUUAGGAUGCAAGGUGUCUGGUUCCAUUUUUGUAAAUGGAAAGAAUGAAUCAAUCCACUCCUAUAAGAAAAUUAUUGGCUUUGUGCCACAAGAUGAUAUAGUUCAUGGAAACCUGACUGUGGAAGAAAACUUCCGGUUCAGUGCACUGUGCAGGCUACCUGCUGACUUGCCAAAACAAGAAAAAGUUCUGAUUGUUGAAAGAGUUAUUGAAUUUUUGGGGCUUGAAUCUGUGCGGAAUUCUUUGGUCGGAACUGUAGAAAAGCGAGGCAUCUCUGGAGGCCAAAGGAAACGUGUAAAUGUUGGAUUGGAAAUGGUCAUGGAACCGUCACUCAUGAUCUUGGAUGAACCCACUUCUGGGUUGGACAGUGCAUCAUCUCAACUCCUUCUUAGAGCACUAAGACGGGAAGCUCUUGAAGGAGUGAACAUUUGCAUGGUGGUUCACCAGCCCAGCUAUGCUUUGUUUAAUAUGUUCGAUGACUUGAUACUCCUCGCAAAAGGUGGUCUUACUGUAUAUCAUGGACCAGUCAAGAAAGUUGAAGAAUACUUUGCAGACCUUGGGAUAAAUAUACCAAAACGCAUAAAUCCUCCUGAUUACUUCAUUGACAUUUUGGAGGGCAUAGCAGUACCUAGUGGAAGUUCAGGAGUCAGUUAUGAAGAGCUGCCAGUUAGAUGGAUGCUUCAUAAUGGAUACCCAGUACCUCUCGAUAUGCAGAAGAAUGCAGCACAAUUUGGUAUGUUUGCAACUGCAAACCCAGCUAGAGAAAAAGAUCCUGAUGGCUCUAGCCAUGAAGAAAGAAGCUUUGUUGCAGAAUUAUGGCAUGAUGUGGGAAAUGUUAUGGAACUAAAGAGGGAGAAAAUAAGACUCAAUUUUUUAAAAUCCAAGGAUUUAUCUGACCGUAAAACUCCUGGUAUAUUCAAACAAUACAAGUACUUUCUUAUAAGGGUUGGUAAACAGAGAUUACGAGAAUCUAAGAUCCAAGCUAUAGAUUAUUUAAUAUUGUUACUUGCUGGAGCCUGCUUAGGAUCACUUACUAAAGCUAGCGAUCAGACCUUUGGUGCAGCUGGGUACACCUACACGGUGAUUGCUUGGUCAGUGCUGCUUCCAGUUGUUUUGACACUCAUUGCAACACAACCAAAAGAUAGUAAAAUUUUGAAGAAUAUAGCUUAUUUGUGCUACCCUAGGUGGGCUUUAGAAGCGUUCAUAAUUGCAAAUGCUGAAAGGUAA